AGGAGCAGCCGGACGAAAACGCUCCAGCGGCUCAGGCGCUGCCCCCCGCCGGCCCUGGCUGGGAGCCUAGUGGGGUGGCGGAGGAGGCCGUGCCGUGGCGGGCCUCGCCAUGUCCUGCCGCCCGAUGAGAAACUUCGUGAACUUCCCAAACUGAUACAAAUUGUCUUGUGAAACCUUCUAAUAGAGAAAGUUCUUGGGACAAACUUCACUUGAUCCAGGCAUAAAAGAAAGAAAACCUUGCCAGACACGGAAGAAGGGACGGGGAUUUCUCCUCCUAAUCUGGGCCUCCUGUCAUGGAUGAAGAGACUCGGCACAGCCUUGAGUGCAUCCAGGCCAAUCAAAUCUUUCCCAGGAAGCAGCUGAUCCGGGAGGAUGAGAAUCUUCAGGUUCCUUUUCUUGAACUUCAUGGAGAAAGCACAGAGUAUGUGGGCCGUGCUGAGGAUGCCAUCAUUGCCCUUUCUAAUUAUAGACUUCACAUCAAGUUCAAGGAGUCUCUUGUUAAUACUGCCUCUCAAUCUGCUGCUUCUGAAAUCCCAGUUCCAUUACAGCUUAUAGAAAGUGUUGAAUGCCGAGAUAUAUUUCAGCUUCAUUUGACUUGCAAAGACUGCAAAGUUAUCAGGUGUCAGUUCUCAACCUUUGAGCAGUGUCAAGAGUGGCUUAAGAGACUAAACAAUGCAAUCCGACCACCUGCUAAAAUAGAAGAUCUCUUCUCAUUUGCAUACCAUGCUUGGUGCAUGGAGGUCUACGCCAGUGAAAAAGAACAACAUGGAGACCUGUGCAGACCAGGGGAGCAUGUAACGUCAAGAUUUAAAAACGAAGUGGAGCGGAUGGGUUUUGAUAUGAACAACGCCUGGAGGAUUUCCAAUAUCAAUGAGAAGUAUAAGCUAUGUGGUAGCUAUCCACAGGAGCUCAUAGUGCCUGCCUGGAUCACUGAUAAAGAACUAGAGAGUGUAGCAAGCUUCAGGUCCUGGAAGCGCAUCCCUGCUGUCGUCUACAGGCACCAGAGCAAUGGAGCUGUCAUUGCCCGCUGUGGACAGCCGGAGGUCAGCUGGUGGGGCUGGCGAAAUGCUGAUGAUGAGCAUCUGGUGCAGUCAGUAGCCAAAGCUUGUGCCUCUGAUUCCCGAUCAAGUGGCAGCAGGCUGUCAACUAGGAACAGUUCUCGAGACUUUCCAAAUGCAGGAGACCUUUCCGAUGUGGAGUUUGAUUCUUCUCUGUCCAAUGCUUCGGGAGCAGAAAGUUUAGCCAUCCAACCGCAGAAGCUUUUGAUCUUGGAUGCACGCUCCUAUGCAGCAGCGGUGGCAAACCGAGCCAAAGGAGGAGGCUGUGAAUGCCCAGAGUAUUACCCGAACUGUGAAGUAGUGUUUAUGGGGAUGGCAAAUAUUCAUUCAAUCCGGAGGAGUUUUCAGUCUCUGCGGCUGCUGUGCACACAGAUGCCUGAUCCGGGAAAUUGGCUCUCAGCUCUUGAAGGCACAAAAUGGCUCCAUCACCUGUCUGUGCUUCUGAAGUCAGCACUUCUGGUAGUGCACGCUGUGGAUCGUGAUCAGCGGCCAGUACUAGCACAUUGCUCAGAUGGCUGGGACCGCACUCCCCAGAUUGUGGCAUUGGCUAAGCUCUUGCUGGAUCCUUAUUACCGAACCAUAGAGGGUUUCCAGGUCCUUGUGGAGAUGGAGUGGCUGGAUUUUGGACACAAGUUUGCUGACCGAUGUGGUCAUGGGGAGAACUCAGAUGAUCUGAACGAACGCUGCCCGGUGUUUCUCCAGUGGCUUGACUGCGUUCAUCAGCUUCAGAGGCAAUUUCCUUGCUCUUUUGAGUUCAAUGAAGCAUUCCUUGUGAAACUGGUGCAACAUACCUAUUCCUGCCUAUUUGGAACAUUCCUGUGCAACAACGCCAAGGAGAGAGGGGAAAAGCAUACUCAGGAGCGGACAUGUUCCGUGUGGUCGCUGCUUCGGGCAGGCAACAAGGCUUUCAAAAACCUACUGUAUUCCUCUCAGUCCGAAGCCGUGCUAUACCCUGUAUGUCACGUGCGUAACCUGAUGCUGUGGAGUGCAGUGUACCUGCCCUGCCCAUCCCCGUCCACGCCUGUGGACGACAGCUGUGCACCAUAUCCAGCCCCUGGCACCAGCCCUGAUGAUCCGCCUCUGAGCCGGUUACCAAAGACUAGAUCAUUUGACAAUCUGACCACAGCCUGUGACAACACAGUGCCUCUAGCCAACCGGCGCAGCAGUGACCCGAGCCUGAAUGAGAAGUGGCAGGAGCAUCGCCGCUCACUAGAAUUGAGCAGCCUGGCUGGUCCUGGGGAGGAGCCUCUCGAUCCUGACAACCUGGGGAAGCCAACCAAAGUGCUGGGCGGCGCAGAGCUAUCUGUUGCAGCUGGAGUGGCCGAGGGGCAGAUGGAGAACAUUUUGCAAGAGGCCACCAAAGAGGAGAGUGGGAUAGAGGAGCCUGCCCAUAGAGGGAGCAUUGAGAUGCAGGAGGUUGAAGAGGAGGCUCUCUUAGGAAAGGAAAUCAGGGGGAAGACCCUAGAGGGCUCAACCAUUAUUCUUCCUCAAGAACCAGAACUGGGUGAUGCUGCUCUGACAAACCAUCCAGGCACUAGCCUUUCUCUGUUCUCACAGGGUAUUCCUGAGCAGCAGGGUGGGCUCAGCAUUCUCCCCUGUUCUCUCCAGGAGUCUCCCAGGGGAGAACGUACCCACGAGGUCCCUGUGGAACAGCCUCGAAUAGGAGCUAUCACAGAAGAUAGGGAGGAAGCAUUUCUUCCAAUCCCAGUAGAUGUAAAAGUUGGCUAUGGUACCUCACAGUCAAGUUCUCUGCUGCCCUCCCAAGUCCCAUUUGAGGCCACAGGACCAAACACGGACAGUUCAAUGGACAUGUUAAUGGAAGGUCAAGUCAAGUCAGAAAGUGGGCCCGAAGGCCAUCAUAGACCGUGCCUGGUAAACAGUGGCUGGUUCAGUAGCAAGGACAUACUUCCUCAAGCCACGGAGCCGCAGUCUUCAGAGAGGAGCCUAGCUGAGAGGCCCCAAGUGGGAUCUGUGGUACAUAGGACUUCCCCUGGCAGCACCCACAGCCCCACGCGUUCUCCUUGUGCCUUGCCUUUAGCCGAAUGUAAAGAGGGGCUUGUGUGCAAUGGUGCCCUGGAGACCGAAAAUAAGGCUUUAGAGCAGCCCCCAGGGUUUAGCACCCUGCAGAAGCACCCCACCCCCAACGGGCACUGCACCAAUGGGGAGGCUGGUAGGAGCAAGGACUCACUGAGCCGCCAGUUGUCUGCCACAAGCUGCAGCUCUGCCCACUUACACUCGAGGAACUUGCACCACAAGUGGCUGCACGGCCACUCGGGGAGGCCGUCUACAACGGGGAGCCCUGACCAGCCUUCCCGCAGCCACCUGGACGACGAUGGCAUGCCUGUGUAUACGGACACUAUCCAACAGCGCCUGCGUCAGAUUGAGUCAGGCCACCAGCAGGAAGUGGAGACCUUGAAGAAACAGGUGCAGGAGCUGAGGAGUCGCCUGGAGAGCCAGUACCUGACCAGCUCCCUGCGCUUCAAUGGGGACUUUGGGGAUGAAGUGAGUCCUUCAGAGAAAGGAGGACAUGCCCAAAGCACUCAGUUUCAACACGUAGAUACUUCAAUCCCCGACUCGGAAAGCAAUCUGGAUCAGAACUGUUUGUCUCGCUGCAGCACAGAGAUUUUCUCUGAAGCCAGCUGGGAGCAGGUGGAUAAACAGGACACGGAGAUGACCCGUUGGCUCCCUGACCACCUGGCCGCCCACUGCUACGCGUGCGACAGCGCCUUCUGGCUCGCCAGCAGGAAGCACCACUGCAGGGACACUGACCGUGUUGAUCAAACGUGGAAUUGUGGGAAUGUGUUCUGCUCCAGUUGUUGUAAUCAGAAGGUUCCAGUUCCCAGCCAGCAGCUCUUUGAACCCAGUCGAGUGUGCAAGUCUUGCUAUAGCAGCCUACAUCCCACAAGCUCCAGCAUUGACCUUGAACUGGAUAAGCCCAUUGCUGCCACUUCAAACUGAAGCUCAGUGACCUGGGGCGGGCAGAGGCCAAGCUGCUGUUCCUCUGACAGGCCCACAGCCUGGGCAGACCGAGAGGCCCGUGCACUUUGGAAUGGGGGCAUGGAACCACCUGUGCAGAGUGACAGAAAUUUGGGAUGUACCACUGGACUGUAGAUUGAUUUUUAUUUCCUGUUUUGUUUUUUCCCCUCUCCCUUUUCCAUCCUUCCUCUGCUUCCAAGAAAGAAAGUCUGCAGGUUGUCUUUAAAAAAAAAAAAAAAAAAAAAAAAAAAAUUUUUUUUUUUUUUUUUUUUUUUUUUUAAAUGGAAGACCAGAGGUUGCCAGCCCUCUGUGACUGUUGAGCCACCUGUUGUCCCAUGAUGCUGAGGGUUGGCUUGGUUCCUCAGGACGGAGAGAGGCUGGUCAGAGUCAGGAGUGGAGGCCUGAGCUAGUGGGGAAGAAAGCUGGGGCUGUUGUUUGUGACCAUUCCUCGUGCCAUUGUCACAUCAGAGCUGAUUUGAAAAACCUGUGCUGCUGAGGAGGCUGAAGCAUCUUCCUAAUAGACUGUCCCAAGUGCCCUCUGCCUCCUCACAGGAGCCGGGCCAGUUCCACCUCACAGAUAAAUGGGAUUGGCAUUUGGAGGGAGGGGCACAUAAUAAAAUGUAACCCUUCUGAGCCUUGCUUUGGGGAAGGAAGGUGUUUGUUGUCCUGAGGCAAGCAAGAGGGCCUGGGAAUCGGGGUGGCCAGCAUUGUUCUCUCUCGCAUGGGAUUCUGUUUUUAACUCGACCCAGAUGGUUUAGGGUUCCCUUCCCUGUCAUGAGUAUGCCUCCCUCAGCCAGGCUGUGUAGUGCUUCCCACCCUCAGGCAUAGGAGUACAGACUGGCCAGAGUGCAGUGGUCCUGCUGCCAUGGCCAAGGCCAAAGCCUUCCCUGAGCCCGGGUGCACCUAGAAGCCCCUGCCGGGGCCUGGUCCCCCAAAACAAUCUCUUUUCCUUGACCAGCACAGGGAAAUCCAGACUCAGGGUUCCAAAAAUUUCCCAUUCCCAAACCAAACAAAUCAUGGAUCUCCCCCUUAAGGGGUAGAAUCAGCUUUUCAGAGUGCAAGCGUCUGGAAAAGGGAGUAUGUCCCAUACAAUCAGCCUUCCUUCUCCUUCCCUUCCUGGGGCAGUGGGAAGGCCCCAGCAGUCCCCCUGCCCUGUUCCUGUGCUGCUGGCCAGCAGUGAGGGGCCACUUGGUGACUCUGCAGGGUUCUUUAGAGAAGUGACACAGCCUGUAGGAGAUUUGGGGCACCUUUCCUCAGUAAGCUUUGAUGUGGUCCAAAAAGAGCCUUAAAUCAAGAAUAUUUGUGGUAGAGGUGAGUGUGGGGAAGGGUGGAGAGGAGUUUAUAGGUUUGUGCUUUGUAAUCUUGGCAUCCAUGUUUUGUGCCUGCCCUCCCUCUCAAGGGAGGGGCCAUGCUUGGCUCUGCUAAAAGCUGCUAAGUGGUAAUGGCGGAUUGUGGUGAGUGGGUGGGGGUGAGGCCAGGGAACUCUCUUACCCUCUGGAAGCAAUUCCCUGGCCAAGGGAAGUCUCAGGAAGCUGGCUCCUGUGUGUGCCUCUGUGUGGUUAAGACGUGGCCCAGAGCCUUCCUUGGAGCUGUCAGUCCAGGCAAAGCCAAGAGCAUCUGAGCACGUCCCUGACUUCCCAGUUGCAGCAGGUUGCUCGCUCGGAGUUUGAAUUCAGUGAAACAGGGUGUAGUUCUUCUCCGCACUCUGUGUGGUCUGGCCUUGCAGGUAGGGAGAAGUCAGUCUAAUUGAGAUUGUGCAGUUCUAGUGACAGGUGCCAAGAGGUUAUGAUACGGGUUUCUUGGGUCUGAUGUACAGUGUGAAUAAAUGCUUGCAGCUCUUAGCCCUUUUCGAUCAAUGAAGCACUUUUUUAUUAAUAUUUUUCUUUGUAUGUAAAGGAGGAACCGUAACUCUCCGUAGCUGUACAUAUAACCCUUUUCUCCUAAAGAGGAGUCAGUCAGCGCUCCUAUAUUUUUCAUUUUUUGUCAAAGCAAGAAGUAAAUACUUUAGAACUGUUAAAUAUAUAAAUAAAGUGAAUAAAGUUUAGUGUUCCGCAUGGUA